AUGGAAGGCACACCGCGCCUCCGCAGCGCGUUCCCGAGCACUCCGCGACGGGAUUCACGAGAUGGGAGAGACCGUAUUCCUGCGCCCAGAUUUGGGGCACGAUCAGCACCCGCACAACAGAGGCCGCUUCCACAGAUUCCCACCCUCGAAACACGGCCGACUCCCGCGUCCGCACCGCUCAUCCCGGAGACGGUCAUUGAUGCACCCUCACAACGACUCUAUGUCGUCGCCUUCUGGGUUGCGCUGUGGACGUGGCGGUUGUACGACUUUAGCGGCUUGCAGGAUGCGGAGGAGCAGAGUCUCUGGCUGUUUAUGAAGUGGGUCGCAAUAGAUGGUGUAUUCCUGUUCGGACUGCCCGGCAUGCAGAUACCCUGGCUGGAGUGGAGCUCGGCGACGAUGACUUUAAUCUUUGCGGCACAUGCAUUUGCGGACGGCAUGCUCAUGUUCCGCGUGCCCAUCCCGCUCGGCAUGUGGCUCGCAUUUCUGUGGAGAGGUGUCUGGGRCGCAUAUGAGACUGCCGUGAAUGAACACAAUGUCAAUCCGGACACCAUCAGGUUCAACGAUACCCUUAUCUUGGGACGGCAGGUCAUCCAUAUCUUGCCCGAAGGCUCGGCGAUACUGAACCCCGAACGAGAGACAUUCUGCAUUGACGAUGUCAAAGUCGACGUGAGAUUGCCCAUAAUGAUCAAUGCCACGAACCCAAUCGCAAUGGACAUUCUGCGGGUGGACUUGGACACCCAGGCCAACGAGACUCUACACAUUAGCAAAUCGCAGAUCAAGGCGAUGCACAAGGAGGCAUCUCGCCUAAUCUCUUACAGCACUAACCCCAACGAACCGAAGACGCUUUACUACACGGUAAAGAAGCCGGGUUUAUACGCAUUGAUGAAAGUGCUCGACGAGUCGAAUCUGGAAGUCUCGCGAAAGAAACUCGCGCACACGGUCAUCGUGCCAUGCCCCAAAGCCAAAGUGCUGCAAACGAAGCCAAACAGCUGCCGCGGCGAGCUCGCGCAAAUCGAAUUGGAAGCCACUGGCACACCACCAUUGAAAAUAAAGUAUCGCAAGGUAGUCAACAAGAACACCGCCCAUGCGACAUUCGAGAACAUUCAGCCGGAGGACUUCAUUUCACCUCUCUCGCGCCAGGUCCAAAAUGCCUUGGUCGUCCCCAACAACGUGAAAGUGGAGUGGGCCAAAACGCAGGUGAUCAAGGUUCCACUCAGCGAGGGUAUGACUGUUGCUGGCAAGUGGGUGUAUGCGAUUGACGAAGUUGUCGAUGGUUUUGGAAAUGUGGUCAGUUACUCCAACCGUGAGCAAAAGCAGCAAGACACCAAAUCGAAGUCGCCCCAUCUUCACCAAACGAUCAUGGUACACGAGCGGCCAACCGUCCAAAUGAAAGGAUGCAGUCCACAGCGUCCACUGAAGGUGGCCAAGGACAAGACCGCCAGCAUGCCGCUUCAGUUCGGCUCAAGUGGACGUGGAGCGGUGGACUCGGCGUACAAGAUUGAGUAUCUGUUCAGCCCGGAGCUUGAACUGGGCUCGAAUGGGGACCAUGGACCUACACCCGAGAAAAUGGAGGCAACGAUCCAGGACACGAACAAGCAGAUUCCGAUCAGUCGUCCCGGUCUCUACACCAUCACGAACGUCGCAAGUGGCUUCUGUACUGGCGAGGUGCUGGAACCCGCAUCAUGUUUGCUUCAGAAUCCGCCCAAGCCCAACCUUACGAUAGACAGCCAAGAGAUCUUCGACAAAUGUGCAGGGCGUCCAAUUGGCUUGCACGUCGACCUGGAUCUGGUUGGGACACCGCCAUUCGAGAUUGUGUACAAAGUGACUCACGAGAAACGUCACCACGAAGAAAAAGUCAUUCGCCUGGACACCCACCGAGGGUCGGUCGAUUUCACGCCCAGAGAGGCUGGCGAAUACAGCUACAGCUUUGUGAAAGUCAGCGACGCUGUCUACCAGAACGAGAAGCCAAACCCGCCACCCGCUCUCCACCAACAAGUCAAGCCUUUGGCAUACGCGAAGAUUACCACAGGACGGAAACAGACGAUAUGUAUCGAUGAACGAGCAUCCUUCGAUGUCGCUCUUGUCGGCGAGCAACCAUUUAAUCUGGAUUAUGAACUGGUGCACAACGGCAAACGCAAGAAAGAGAGCAUGACAAACAUAACAUCAAAUCUCGUGACAUUGAACACAGAGCCUCUUUCAGACGGUGGCGACUAUACUCUUGGACUUGUCAGCAUCAUCGACCAGAUGGGUUGCAAAGAACCUUUGGAGGAGGAGCUAAGCUUUGCCGUACGCCACCAGAAGCCCAAAGUAGGCUUUGGUCUUGUGGACGCUGGACGCGCGAUCAACACACACGAGGGCGCAAAGGUGCAGCUUCCUCUUCGCCUCGUUGGAGAGGCUCCCUGGGCUGUGCUUUAUCGUGACAGUGAAGGAGUCGAGAAAACUGCGGUCGCCAAAGACCCCAACGAGAAGAUUGCUGUCGACCGUGAUGGUAUUUACACGCUCCUGGCCGUAUUUGACGCUUCUUGCCCCGGAGUUGUUGAUGAGCCGGCAAAGGAGUUUAAGGUCAGCUGGAUUCCUAGACCAGAGCUUCGCAUUGCUCCAAAUCAAGCCAAGGAUCGAAAAGGGGACAUCUUCAUCAGGGAAGCUGUCUGCCAGGGCGACGAGGAUGCGGUUGAGAUGGUGUUCARUGGCUCACCGCCAUUCACUGCGAACUAUGUGCAGUAUGUCAAGCCGGAACAUGGCGCUGUGACCCCAAAGAACAAAGAGAUCAGAGCAGCAGUAGGAGUGGCAUCUCUUCGAUUGGACACCUMUCAGGCAGGCUUGUAUGAGUACAAGUUCUCUAAGCUAGCGGACAGCAAUUACGAGGACAACCAGAAGCACUUCACGCCGCUCACCGUACAGCAAAAGGUCAAUUCUAGACCAUCGGCAGCCUUUGCAACGCCGGGAAAGACAUAUGGCUAUUGCUCAGUCGAGUCCGAAGGCGAAGAGGUCAUUCCAGUCAAACUUGUUGGUCAGCCACCGUUUGAGCUGGAGGUCGAGAUCAAGCACCACGGUACCAUCAAGCCAGAGGAAGCCCACUACGCCAACAUCGACGCGAACACACACGACAUCCGGAUACCGCACUCUCGUCUGCAUCUGGGCAAAUCCGCCGUCUCGCUUCGCCGCGUAAGUGAUGCGCGCGGCUGCACUCGCAGUCUUGACAGCACCACGCCGCGUGUACAGAUAUCGGUCCACGAUGCGCCGACUAUCACACCACUCGAGACCAAGACCGACUACUGUGUGGGUGAAUUUCUCAACUUCGCAUUGUCUGGUGCCGCACCUUUCCAAGUCUUUUACACCUUCGAGGGUGCUGCCAAGAAAGCCACUGUUUCCAGCGGCAACACAUUCCGCCGGCUGGCAGAGAAGCCUGGCACCUUCGUUAUUACCGGCCUACAGGACUCUGCUUCAGCAUGCCGUGCGUCGGUCAACAUCACCAAGCUCAUUCACGGUAUGCCCUCUGUCCGCGUCUCUCGUGGAAAAGAUGGCUACGUGGACAUCCAUGAAGGUGGCCAGGCCGAGAUCCUCUUCGACUUUGGAGGGCAGCCCCCUUUCGAGUUUACUUACAUUCGUAGCUCGAACACCGACAAGAGUGGAAAGAAGGGUGUUGUUCUAGACAUGCGCAGUGAGAGCAGCGACGAGCAUAGUAUGAGUAUCUUGGCGAGCGAGGAGGGCACGUACGAGGUUAUUUCCAUCAAGGACGCGUAUUGUGCCUAUACCAAGCCCGGAGUAAAGGUCGAGCCGGACAAAAGGAAGAGAUUGGGAUACUGA